AUGGCCAAGCUCAUUUAUCCUACGGAGUACACUAUUUUUUGGGGCAUAUUCAUUGCAACAACAAAAAAUUAUGCAGUUGUGGGUCAGCAUGGUACGAUGAAAUUUGAACAGACAGCAAUAAAGAUGAAAAUGAACGUCCGAUUUGGUCCACAACUAGUGGCAAAGAAGAUGUGUACCAAACCCAAUGAAGCAUGGUGGCAGUAUCGCAUGAUGAUGUCGAUGAAAUGCCUCAACCCUUCCAGCCAUAAACUACACAUUUCCCCACUCACCAAUAAUCUAGAUGGUGACUUGAAUUUGCCAGCAAGCCCACUAAAUCUACCAACACAUGACCUUGAG